ACAGCAACGCGAGAUUAUGGCGGAGGGGCCUAGUUGAAAUGAUAUUUAUAUGUUGUGUGAUGGUUACUAGUCUUAUAAUGGUGCCCGACAGAUGAUUAUCCCGGUUAACCAUUAGUUGAACAUCGCUGCUCGGCUAUGAGGUGCUGUGGAGUGGACGUGAGGAGGUCGGUGGCAAGCCCAUGACACCAUGAGUCCUCCAGCUCUGCCCGCGGUCUUCUGCUGUUGUCACAGGAAAAUCUGGUUGCAUUCAGCAGCAGGAGGCGAACACAUCCCUGCUUUCCAACCAAUUAUCUGCCCCCGGAUGGUGGUAUGGAAGGACAAGCAUAAUGAAUAGAUACACUACCAUCAGACAGCUCGGGGAUGGCACCUACGGCUCUGUCAUCCUUGGCCGCAGUCUGGAAUCAGGGGAACUAGUUGCCAUAAAGAAAAUGAAAAGAAAGUUUUACUCCUGGGAAGAAUGCAUGAAUCUCCGUGAAGUCAAGUCCUUAAAGAAACUCAACCAUGCUAACGUGAUCAAACUUAAGGAGGUCAUUCGAGAAAAUGACCACUUGUACUUCAUAUUUGAGUACAUGAAGGAGAAUUUGUAUCAGCUAAUGAAAGACAGGACUCGGUUGUUUCCCGAAUCUGCCGUAAGAAAUAUAAUGUUUCAGAUCCUGCAGGGGCUCGCAUUCAUUCAUAAACACGGGUUUUUCCAUAGAGAUAUGAAACCUGAGAAUCUUCUGUGCAUGGGCCCUGAGCUGGUGAAAAUCGCUGACUUUGGGCUUGCCCGUGAGAUCAGAUCUCGACCACCGUACACAGACUACGUCUCGACUAGAUGGUACAGAGCCCCCGAGGUGCUGCUCAGAUCCACAUCCUACAGUUCACCCAUAGACCAGUGGGCAGUUGGCUGCAUCAUGGCGGAGCUUUACACCCUCAGGCCUCUGUUCCCAGGCUCUAGUGAAGUCGACACCAUAUUCAAGAUUUGCCAAGUCUUGGGGACGCCAAAGAAGAAUGAUUGGCCAGAGGGAUACCAGCUGGCCAGUGCGAUGAACUUCCGCUGGCCUCAGUGUGUUCCCAGUAAUCUGAAGACACUGAUCCCGAACGCCAGCCCUGAAGCCAUCCAUCUGAUGACAGACCUGCUCCAGUGGGAUCCCAAGAAGAGACCAGCUUCUGCCCAGGCUCUCAGGUACUCUUACUUCCAUGUGGGCCAGGCUUUGGGCACUCCUCAGCAGAUCCUGGAGCAGGGCAGACCUCAGCCUGGUCUUGUGCCACUGCAGGCACCACUACAGUCACAACAGACACUGCAGCAGCAGCAGCAGCAACAGCAACCACAACCCCUGCUGCUGAAGCCCAUACCCCCUUCCCAGCCUCCACCUCCGAACCAACACUGCUCCCCCUCCAGGCCUCUGCAGCAGAUCCAGCCCUCUCCUAUGACAGCAGCAGCCCAGGCGGCAGCGUACCAGCGGCACACAGAACUGAUGCGAGAGCAGCAGCCAAAGCACAUCCUGAAGCAGGAACAGAGCGAAGGAAUGCCACAGAGCCAUCUUCCUUAUAUUGUUGACAAGAGCCUCCAAAGCAAGACGAGGCAAGAGUCAGAGAAUGCAAACCUACUGAGCUAUCAGAUGAAACCAAAGGGAGGGCGUCGGCGUUGGGGUCAUGGCACAGGACACCUUAAGGGCGAAGACUGGGACGACUAUGAAGAAACUGAUCUGACGUCAAUAAGUAUUCUUGGAAAAAGUAACUUCUCCACAGAGAAGUCGAGGCAGGGAGAGGACGCACUGAGCAGAUAUGGAAAUGUUCUGGAUUUCAGUCGCCCUAACGCAAAGGAAGACGCACCUUUAAACCUAAACAAGUCUUCAGCCUACCAGGAGCCAUCGAGGACCGCCUCUGCCAAACAACAUUAUUUGAGGCAGUCAAGAUAUUUACCUGGCAUCAGCACAAAGAAGAACGUUGCCAUCAAUGCAAGUAAAGACUUCAGUGGGAGCCAUCUUUGGGGCAACAGUAGUAUCCCGUUUGGAGGGACUCUACCGAGCCGAGGCGCUCACGGUACAAACACAAUCCCUGGUGGAUACAUGCCAUCCUUUUACAAAAAGGACCUGGGCUCUGGUGGUCAUAGAGGGCAUCAGGGUCCUUCAGUGGAAUCAACAGCAUCAAAUUAUGCAACGUGGCGAUCUGGCCGGAGUCACAUGAGCACUUCUGCCAACAUGCCAUUGGCCAACAAGAGCACCCCUGGUCUGCUGCCACGCCCGCCAGUACAGGCCAUCCACGGGAGAACAGACUGGUCUGCCAAAUAUGGACACCGCUAGUGGCCUCCCCAGGGCUCCGAUCUGUGCCCUGGAAGAGAGAUCCGCGCUCCUAAAAACUCUUUUCACCUCCAAAGAGUAGGCCUAGUUGUUUUAUAAUCGAGAUCUGUACAUACAUCUUACACAGCAAUAAUUUUAGUUUCAUUAUGUGUACUAUAGAUGUUGUGAGUUGUAAAAUAUCUUACUGUAUAUGUGUAAAGCUAAAUGCAACCAGCCAAAAUUUGAGCCCAGAUUUGCUCCUCUGUGUUUUUUUUUUUUGUAUAUCUGUAACAUAACUACUGUCCUGCUGAGGUUACACCUGUACACUCAGUUUUGUAUAAGAUUUAUCAUUGAAUGGUGUUUGCCAGCCUGUAUACAUGAUAUGCAUAUUAUUAUAACUUUAUGAAAACUUCACUGUGACUUGUUUUUGGCUAACUAAUUACUUUGCCUCUGUACAAUAUCUCUUUUUUUUACAUAUAUAUUCCUGGUGUUUUUGUUUUCAUGACGCUAGCCUUGCCAAUCAGGUUAUUAUUUGUGCAUUAUAUGUUUUUAAAGACAUUUGGGGCAGUGCUUUAAUUUCAGUUAAGAGUACUCCACCGAUUUAGACUUCUAAAACAUCACCACCAGGAUCACAAUCUUUGCAGCAGAACCAGAUAUAGCUUUUUAAAAGCAUGCAUUUUUCUUCCUUGUGAAGACCUGGUGCCUACAUCACACACAAUGCACCUUGACCCAAUUUACUCGACUGCAUGGAUUCGGGCAUUAUAUGCUAGUAGUGGCUAGUGUAGCCUUGAACCGCUGGCCUCAAACAGAGAUAAUGAGCGGGCUGAAGAGGUCUGAUAAGCUCACUUUUUUCUGACUCCACACCCCCAAAUGGUUGUCUUUCUCAAACUUGUAGUCUUUAGCUUCAUCUGCACUAGAUUUUCCCCCAAGGACCGACAUGAUGCUAGAUGUAAAAUCGGUGGAGUUGCCCUUUUAAGUUGCCACCUUCUGUGUGUAUUAGUUUCAGUAUUAGGCAGUAAAAUGCCACCCAGCACAUUCUCAAUUAGUUAUGUGUGAUUGUUGAAUUGCCAGUUAUUGACUGUAAUUAAACCUUUGGGUGCUGAUAUGUUCAACGUGUCAUUUUUUACAAAAUACUUUUAAGUG